AUGGCCUCACAAGUCUUGUCCGCGGUCUCUGUAAAUAGUGCCACUACCCCCUCGCUCAUCCCGUCAUCCACCACCGACAAGUCCCUCAAACGCAAACUAGAAGAUGCCUUGCAGAGUCUCGACGAAGCCGUCGGCCCCACGGCCACUCCCUCGGGCUCCCCAGAGCAACUUGUCCCCAAACGUCUCCGCACAUCUCGCUCAAUCUACUCUAUGCUCACGAGGCUCAGUAAGAAAGACAGUAACAAGUCUGCCGACGACCUCCAGGGGUUGUCCAAGACUGCCCCUCACCUAGCCGCCAUACUUUCUCGCAAAGCCUCCCGAGCGGCCAAGGGCUUCCCAUUCAAGCUUAACCAUGCGAGCAAGUUUCCCGGAGGGUCGUCGCCAAUUGUCGACUACAGUCCGUCAUCCUCCCCCCAGUUCUUCGCUCGCCUAGCGACAUUCAAGCCGACCACAUAUUCCAACAAGCCGGCUGCCAUUGACGCUGUUGCGGCCGCGAGGUGUGGAUGGGUCAAUUCGGACAAGGACCGACUCCUGUGCAAGAUUUGUGGAGUCUCAUGGAUAGUCGCCGACAGCAAGGGCAUGACUCGCGAUGCGGCGAACGUACUUGCCGGGAAGCAGCGUGGCCAGCUGGUUACCGCUCACAAGGAUGGAUGCCCUUGGAAAGCUCGUCAAUGCGACGAAACCAUCAACCGAGUGUCGUUGAUGUCCCCACUCGCCACUAUCCGUGAAGUCAAGGCCAGGGCGAUGCUCCUGGAUGGCGUCAUGGAAGGUGUGAAGAUUGCUCAUCCCCUUAGCAACCUUCAAGUCCAAAACUUGGUUUCCAUCAUCGGUUCUGUAUCACUUCCUGCUUCGGCGGACCUCGACGAUUCCGAAACCUCUUGUAUGUCCGACUCUAUCUCCACCGUGCGGUCCCCGCAGAAGGAUCCCUCCCAGAACGCCAUACUUGCCGCAGUCUUCGGCUGGGGCAUUGCGCCUCCACCCACCGCAUCUACAGCAUCGACUUCUGUGUCACGUGCUAGUUCACUUGCCCCUGGUCAUCCUCAAUCCCGCCUCUCGAUUUCUCGUGCCUCAUCCGUCUCUCGAGCCGGGACCCCUUCUCCCAUGUCGGCUUCAUACGGACUUGCCGCCUCCGCGUCCUUAUUGUCGCAACAUGCUCUCUCAACGAGCGCCCUUCGUUCAGACACUGCCCUAAUCCACUGCCCGCUUUGUCAGCGGCGGGUUGGACUCUGGACGUACGUUCCCAAGCCCACGGAAGAGGACGACCCGAUGACGGGACAGCCCGCACAAAGCACCCCCGCGAGGCCGCAGCCAACACUUGACAUCCUGCAACAGCACCGGCCGUACUGCGCGUAUGUAGUUCGCUCGAGCUUCAUCCCCACUAUGCCCGCACCCCCCACCCCAAUCAUCAACGGACACUCGCGUUCCUCGUCGGCCGCGUCUACCGCCUCGGUGUCGCUGGUCUCCAAUGGGUUUGGGGCCCAGAGCGCGAUGGAGGGCUGGAGGGCUGUCAUCAACGUCGUUCUGCGCUACGGGACGGUACAGCGCCAGCGACUAGGGAUGAACCGCUCGCAGAGUGCGCAGGUGGACGAUGGCUGUGCUUUUGUGGAAGGGCAAACGGAGGAAGUAGACGCUGUAGAUGCUAUGGUGGCAGGGGUAAAGAGGAGUGGAGGUUCGGCCUUGAUGCGCUACGUCAGAGGCCUUUUGAGUUGA